ACAGGACCCCGGAAAUUAAAUAGAGGCCACCACCACCGCCGCUGCUUCCCUCGUCUGCAUUGCCACUACUACUUUCGCUUUCUCACCCGUCAAAGCCAACCAUGUCGCUCUUUGCUCGUCGUGCCGGACUGGGCCUCGCCCGUCGUAGUGCAGCCUCCACCCUGACGGCGCCGAAGCGGGCGUUUGCGUCCGAGGCGGCGGCCGCCCUGAGCGGACCCAGCUUCAAGCUCAACGAGGACCAGGAGGCAUACCAGGAGCUCGCCCGGAGAUUCACAGCAGAGAACAUCAUCCCCAAGGCCAAGCACCACGAUGAGACGAUGGAGUACCCCUGGGAGAUCAUCAAGGCUGCUCACGCUGCUGGCCUGGUCAACACUCACAUUCCGCAAGAGUACGGUGGUGCAGGCCUGAGCCUUCUUGAGGGCGCGUUGGUCUCCGAGGAGCUCGCGUUCGGCUGCUCGGGCAUCCAGACGGCCAUUGAGGCCAACGGCCUCGCUGAGGCGCCCCUCCUCGUUGCCGCUAGCCACGAGCUCAAGCAGAAGUACUUGGGCCGAAUGACUGAGGAGCCUCUUGUGGCCAGCUACUGCGUCACUGAGCCAGGCGCAGGCUCUGAUGUCGCCAAUAUCACAACGCGCGCCGAGAAGAAGGGCGAUAAGUACAUUCUCAACGGUACCAAGAUGUGGAUCACAAACGGCGGCCACGCCAACUGGUACUUUGUGCUGGCCAAGACUGACCCAACGCAAAAGGCCAACAAGUCCAUGACUGGCUUUGUCGUCGAUGGCGACAGCGCAGGCAUCGUCAAGGGCAAAAAGGAGAUCAACAUGGGCCAGCGGUGCAGCGACACGCGCAUGAUCACCUUUGAAAACGUCGAGGUGCCUGCGGAGAACGUGCUCGGAAAGGAGGGCGAUGGCUUCAAGAUUGCCAUGGGCGCCUUUGACAUUACCCGACCCCUGAUUGCUGCCUCGGCCACCGGCGUCGCCUCGCGGGCGCUGACAGAGGCGGCCAAGUACGCCCACGAGCGAAAGACGAUGGGCCGCCCCAUUAUCCAGCACCAGGCCAUCGCGUUCAUGCUCGCCGACAUGGCCAUCCGUGUCGAGGCUGCCCGCGCCCUCACCUGGCGCGCCGCUGGGAUCAAGGACCAGGGCGAGCGCAACUCAUACGCGGCCUCGGUCGCAAAGGCCUUCGCUUCUAACGCUGCAGUGCGGAACGCAGACGACGCCGUGCAGGUCCUGGGUGGCAUCGGCUUCAACACCGAGGCGCCCGUCGAGAAGCUCUACCGUGACUCAAAGAUCCUGGAGAUCUACGAAGGCCCCACGCAGAUCCAGAAGCUCAUUAUCUCGAGGUUCGUCGAGGACCGUUUCAAGCCAUAAUGUCGAGUGUUCUGCUCUCCCCUCCACCAAAAUUCCAGUACCUCUCUUAUACUCUAGAUGCAAUUUUUGCCAAGCCAUGAUGGAAACCUACUUUUACACAAAG